AUGGCUUCACGCUCUACCCUCUCCGCAGCCUAUACCUCGCCUCCCAGUGCAGGAGCUUGGGCGGCGUCCAUUGAGCUUAGCUUAGCAGUGGUGUAUGACACAUCAGUGCACCUGAGGGGUGAGCAGAAGGACGUCAAGCAGCUGCUCAAGGUAAGCCAGGGCAGAGGGCAUAUCCAGCAGGUCCCUGGUCUGGUUGGAGCAUCGAAAGCGUGGCUGCACGGACUUCCUCUCCGAUCUUUCUUGGUUUGA